GGGGUCGGCCCGCCUGUGUUGGUUCAGCUGUAUCCUGUUUUGAAGAGCACAGGGAAGUUGAAGAGUCUGGGAGCAAGUUGGUGCAGAGGAGUGAGCGUACAGUGUGAAAGAUGUGUUCCAUACAGAAAAAUUGCAGCAUGUUCUACUUUUGUUGACGUUUGUGGCGUUGAAGGUUUCAAGCCCAGUAUGGAUGAAGAUGAGAAGCCUUUGAUUGUUUCUUCACUGUAUGAUGAAUGUGCACAGAAUCACUUUGCUUCUGGCGAUGCACGAAUCAGAAGGCCUUUUUUUAUUGACCGUUCCUACAUUACCAGCAUCAAUGAUGACCCUCCGAGAGUUGCAUCCCAUGCCUCAGCAAUGAACAAACGUAUUCAAUACUAUGGGAGGCUGGGUCCUCCCUCCGAACCUUCUUUGAUUGCUCCCGAUCACGUCAUCCCUGCACCUGAAGAGAUCUAUGUUUACAGUCCCCUUGGAAGUGCUUUGAAAAUUGGUGGAGACGACUCGGAAAAGAACUCGAGCAUUGUCACAAUAUUUAUGAUCUGGAAUACCAUGAUGGGAACAUCAAUACUCAGUAUUCCCUGGGGCAUAAAACAGGCUGGAUUCACUUCUGGAGUUGUUAUAAUCUUUUUGAUGGGCCUUUUAACACUUUACUGCUGCUACAGAGUUUUGAAAUCACGAGGGACAAUAGCCUCUAUUGACACCUCGACAUGGGAGUUUCCAGAUGUCUGCCAGUACUAUUUUGGCUCAUUUGGACGGUGGUCCAGCCUUCUGUUUUCUAUGGUGUCACUUGUUGGAGCAAUGAUUGUCUAUUGGGUGCUAAUGUCCAAUUUUCUAUUUAAUACUGGGAAAUUUAUUUAUAAUUACGUAAAUCAUGUCAAUGUAACGGAGAUGGGACUAAGUACAAACGGUAGUGAUAAAGUCAUUUGCCCAAAUAAUGAAGACUCAACACCAUCAAAUGAAACAGCGGAUUUUGUUUUUGGAAAUACUACAGGAUUCACGCUAUUCCAAAUGUGUUGGAAUAAAACAAAUACUGUUCCCCUUUAUUUGAUCAUCAUACUUCUGCCUCUUCUCAACUUCCGUUCGCCAUCCUUUUUUGCCAAAUUUAAUGUUUUAGGCACUGCGUCUGUACUAUACUUGGUAUCCCUAGUUACAUAUAAAGCUGCUCGUAUUGGAUUCCACUUUCAUUUUAAGUGGGAUGAACUACAAGAAUAUUUUGUUCCUGAAUUUAGAUUAUCGUUUCCUCAAUUAACUGGAAUCCUCACACUUGCUUUCUUCAUUCACAACUGUGUCAUCACGCUGCUAAAGAACAACAAAAACCCUGAAAAUAAUGUCAGGGAUCUCUCGGUUGCCUAUCUCCUGGUUGGAUUAACUUACAUGUUUGUAGGUGUCAUGAUAUUUGGCUUAUUUCCUUCUCCUCCGCUGGCAAAAGAAUGCAUUCAGCAAAACUUUCUAGAUAAUUUUCCCAGCAAUGACGUCCUGUCAUUCAUUGCAAGAAUAUUCUUACUGUUUCAAAUGAUGACCGUGUACCCACUGCUAGGGUAUCUGGUCAGAGUACAACUCCUGGGACAUAUCUUUGGAGACAUAUAUCCAAGUAUUCUACAUGUUUUGGGACUCAACAUAGCGGUUGUUGCCGUGGGAGUUGUUAUGGCGAAAUUAUACCCCAACAUAGGGGGAAUUAUUAGGUUUUCCGGAGCUGCUUGCGGUCUUGCGUUUGUCUUUGUGUACCCUUGUCUGAUCCACAUGAUCGCUCUCUAUCGCAGCCAGCGGCUCAAGUGGUAUUCCGUGGUCAUACAUACGUCUAUCAUCAUUUUAGGUGUUGGGAACCUUGUUGCACAGUUUCUCAUGUAAAGUUUAGAUUAUACAUGUAUGUCACCAGCUGCAAUUUCUACAGACACUUCUCUGGAAGAUGAAUACAGCAGCUAUGUAGCAUGUCCUGUUCCAGCAGAAGAAAACACUAUGGAAGAGAUGGCACUGUGUUUUGUAAACCAUUCCUGGUGACAGGUGUCACGCAUUGCAGUUCAUUCCUCAGUAUUGUUUUUUUUUUUCAAAUUAUUUAUAGCAAAACGACAAGGUCACUAAUACGGCAGUAGAAAGUGCAAAGAAAAUGUUGCAUAAGUAUGUACAAACCAUGUUGGUUCAGAUCUUUAUGACAUCAAGUAUAUAUAUUCAGCUUUAUCACCUCAGAAAAUGACUAAUGUGAAUCAAGUAUUCCAAAUAUUUUCAACACAUUUGGACCAAAUGGUAAGGGAGUUGAAGGCCACUGAGGUGAACGGAGGUUAGCUGUGAUCGGUGUACGGGAGUUAGCUGUGAUCGGUGUAAAAGAGACGUGGUGACCGUUGUUGGUAUGAGAAAUCCCUACUCAUUCAAUUCCAGCUAACAGACAUUUCCCUUCCUUCAAGAAUAUGAACAUUUGCCGGAUUUGCCAUGUUUUAUGAAAGGUAUCCAGGGUUCUGUUUUGUGAAUGGAUUAAGUCUUCCAUCCUCCUUAUGCUUUCUACUUUACUAAAGUGGAACUUCACUCUCCCAGUCAACACUGGCUAUUUUAUAUCCCUUUGCUGCUAGCAUUAAUGAUUAUAUAGGAAAGUAUAUCAUAUUUACUUGUUUUAAACUUUUUAUUUCUAUU